AUGGACGAGACCGAAUGUACUCAAAUGGGAGAUCUUUUCACCAGCUACGCCCCAUUUCAUAUUGUUCUCCUCGUGCAAGUGAUCCUGUGUCUCACCGGUGGUCUCCUCUGUAUUCCGGUGAUCUCUAAGGGCUAUCACCUGUACUCGUAUCUCUUCAAAACGGGUUGUCAAGUCCUCGUGUCGAAUUUAUUUUGCGACAUUGCCCGAGGUCCGUCUACGAUGUCCAUCAUCAUCGUCUCGGCUCUUCAUUUAUUUCUUUGUGUCGAGCGGAUUGCUGCUCGAUGCUAUGGAAUCGAAUACGACAAAAAACGAGCGAGACUCGGUCCAUUGUUGAUUGGGAUUUCAACCAUGUACACCUUUCUCGUCUAUGGUUGGAUAUUAUCACCUGAGAACUUUUCCUAUCAGGUCCCAUUCUGCACACCCGGCAAUAAGUAUACGGGCGAUCGAUCAAGCUUUGUCUUCAAAUUCUCCCCGAUUCUCGAUGUGGCCAGCCUGGUGUUUAGGCCUUUUGAUUUGAAUGUGAAUUUUUCACUAUCAGAAAACAACAGUGCUUGCUUAAUGCUAUGGCCAUUUUCAGUUUUACAUUUGAUCGCUCAAAUUCCCUUUCUUCUUAUGGCGGCCUAUUUGUCGUCGCUCAUCCCUAGCGAUUCGUUGAUGCUGAAGCGGAUGGUUCUACAGAUUUGCUAUAUCUAUCCACUUUAUAUCAUAACUGGCUGCCUCGUUCUCUUGUACAUCAUGAGAAAGAUUCGGGAGCAACGAAGAAAUAAAAUUCGCAAUAUUCUGCGAGAUGGAAAUGAUGAGCGACUGAUUCACGAAAUUUACUCAAAAGGUUGG